AUGCACAUCUUCUGGACUGCCAUUCCCUUCAGGAGGUUUUACUCCGAGGAACCCGAGCUUAUUCCUCGGGAGCUUCGCAGACCCCCACCUAUCAAGCCUCCCCCGGACGGAGGAUGGGGAUGGGUGAUUGUCUUUUCAUCGUUCCUCUAUAAUGUCCUGGUACUGGGAUACCACAACUCCUUCGGAGUGUACCUCAUCAGUCUCCUCAAAGAGUUUGGGGAGACAAGUUCUAAAACAGCAUGGGUUGGCUCCAUCAGCUAUGGCUUCAUCAUGGUCUGUGGGCCCCUGUCUGGGAAGCUGACAGUCAGGUACGGAGCCAGAGAGAUAUCCAUCCUAGGAUCCCUCAUCAUCAUGAUCUCCACAGUGUGCUCGUCCUACGCACCCAAUCUAGGAACACUGUUCUUCACACACGGCUUCCUCACUGGAGUGGGCUCCAGCUUUGCCUUCACCCCAGGUAUGAUCAUGGUUAGCCAGUACUUCACCACCAAGCGUUCCCUGGCCACGGGGAUAGUGAUGUCAGGGGGAGCAGCAGGUGCCCUGGUCCAGACUCGGCUCCAUCUGUUCCUCAUAGACGUCCUGGGUUGGAGGCAGAGUCUCCGAGUGUUCUCAGGUCUCAUGAUUAUUUGUGUCAUCACCGGCUUCACCUACCUGCCACUCAACCCCAAAGGUUACACCAGAAGUGUGGUGGAUAAUUUGAAGAACUCUCCCUUGAAGAAGUUUGUUGUGGACCUUGGCCUGUGGAAAGACAAAAUAUUUCUGAUAUGGGUUGCAGCCAAUGGACUGUGUAAAUUUGGAUUCUUCAUUCCAUAUGUCCACUUGGUGAAGCAUGCGGUUCAGCUGGGCAUCCCCGUCCACAGUGCCACUAACAUCAUGCUGUUCCUAGGCUUGACUAGCAUGAUCAGCCGGAUCAUCUUCGGCAGGAUCUGUGAUUCAGAGAGAAUCAACAGGCUCUACAUCAACCAGGCCUCUGUCUUCGGUGUGGGUCUGCUGUACAUGUUGAUCCCACUGCUCCAUUCCUACGGCUCUCUGGUGGCCUUCGGCCUGUUCCUGGGGAUCGCUGAUGCUGGCAACUACAUCCUGCUCCCUGUCCUGACCUUUGACCUGAUGGGGGCCGAGAAGAUGCCCGUGGCCUGGGGGUUCAUGCUCACGGUCAACGCGGUCAGCUGCUUGGGGCCGCCCUUUGCUGGUUGGGUGAAUGACAUGACAGGAAGCUACAACUUGGGCUUUGUGGUUGCCGGGGCGUUGAACGUGGCAGCCUGUUUUGUCUUGGCCUUGAUCCCCAUAGCCAAGAGGUCAACCAGACAGACAUGCAAGAGCAUCAUGAACGUCACCAUCGACCGCUCCACACAGGAAAUCACGCAGUGGGCCGACAACCUGCCUCCUAUCGCUGAGGAGGAGCCACCAGUGUCCAAAUAUGUGAACUACUUCUCUACAACUACGUUCCGUAGUCCAGAGAUUACCGAGAGUAGACCUGAGGUGUACAGAGGAGAUGAUGCCGAAACCGCAGGACCUGCUGAAGUCACCCGGCUAUAG